CGGGACUUGACGCCAAACGGGUGGGGGGAAAAUAACGCCAGACUCUCACAUAAGCCUUUCGCUUCAACCAUCGGUUAGGACAAACGUCAUUCGCGUUUUAAGAGGGUUUUCAACGUCGCUUCACUUCUUUCUGACAUAGUAGUAAAGCACCAUGAAAGGAAUUAUUGUCCAGGCCAGCCGCAGCCUGAGCCGUGCUGCCCCUCUUCUCCAUCGUGCGAUCCACUCUGGUACGCGUCCGGCCUCCACCGCCGCCUCCAAACUGAGGGUUGAACGUCCACUCACCUCAGAGGAAAUCUACACCCGCGAGGACAAGUAUGGAGCGCACAACUACCAUCCCCUCCCUGUGGCCUUGGAGAGGGGGCAGGGCAUCUAUGUGUGGGAUGUGGAGGGCAGCCGGUAUUAUGACUUCCUGAGUGCUUACAGUGCAGUAAACCAGGGUCACUGCCACCCAAAGAUCAUAGCUGCGCUCAAUGCCCAGGCCUCCAAACUCACCCUGACUUCCAGAGCAUUCUACAAUGAUGUGCUGGGAACCUAUGAGGAGUACAUCACCCAUAUGUUUGGCUAUGACAAAGUCUUACCCAUGAAUACAGGUGUCGAAGGUGGUGAGACUGCCUGCAAGCUUGCCCGCAAGUGGGCUUACAAUGUAAAGGGGGUUCCCAGAAACCAGGCCAAAAUCAUUUUUGCUGAGGGAAACUUCUGGGGCCGCACCAUGGCAGCCAUCUCCAGCUCCACUGACCCCAGUAGUUAUGAAGGUUUUGGUCCCUUUAUGCCCGGCUUUGAGGUUGUCCCAUAUAAUGACAUUCCUGCACUGGAGAAAACCCUUCAAGACCCAAAUGUUGCAGCUUUCAUGGUAGAGCCCAUCCAGGGGGAAGCCGGGGUGGUGGUGCCAGACCAGGGCUACCUGACCAAAGUCAGAGAACUUUGCACAAAAUACAAUGUGUUAUGGAUUGCUGAUGAAGUGCAGACCGGCUUGGCAAGGACUGGCCGGCGUCUGGCUGUGGACCAUGAAGAAGUCCGUCCAGAUGUGCUGAUUCUGGGCAAAGCUCUUUCUGGAGGAGUUUACCCUGUAUCUGCUGUGCUGUGUGAUGAUGAGGUUAUGCUGACCAUCAAGCCUGGGGAACAUGGGUCCACAUAUGGAGGAAACCCUGUGGCCUGUCAGGUUGCUAUUGCUGCUCUUCAGGUGAUGGAGGAGGAGAAGCUGGCAGAGAAUGCUCAAAGGAUGGGAAAGCUGCUGCGGGCCGAGCUAAGAAAACUGCCCAAAGACAUUGUGACCACAGUCAGAGGGAAAGGCCUCCUUAACGCAGUCGUCAUCAAAGAGACCAAAGACUAUGAUGCCUGGAAGGUGUGUUUACGCCUACGUGACAACGGUUUGCUGGCCAAGCCCACCCAUGGUGACAUCAUCCGCCUGGCCCCUCCCCUCAUCAUCAAAGAGGACGAGCUGCAUGAAUGUGUUGAUAUCAUCCAGAGGACCAUUAUGUCCUUCUAAACUACAACCGCUCAACUAUUCAACAAUAACACAGACAACCUUCAAAGGGAUAAUUCGUAUUUGCUGAAGCUUCUGUAUGGCCUGUCAAAAUGUUGCUCUAAACAUUUAUUAGUUGUUUACAGCUGAACUGAUACAGCAGAAAAACUGCUGUAAAGGAAACAGUUCUGUUAUGAUGCCCUAGGAAAGACUGCAACAUCAGUAGUUUACUUUAAAUGUUUAAAUUUCCAUAGAUUUAAUCUAAAUAGAUACAUUUGUAAAUGAUUUAUCCACAUUUCUGCUGUUAAUGACGGAUGUAAAAAAUCAAUGUGCUGUCUUGAAGGAAACCUUUUAUUUUAUUUCAAAAAGGGUAAGUGAUUAACCAGUGAAGCAUGCAGUCUAAAGUUACAAAGUUACUUUUUUGUAGUUUACAUUUUAAUGGACUGCAUUGAGUCUACUAAGCUACUGCUGUCUGUAAUCACAAACCUUGUGAAAAGUCUUUUGUGAGAUAGAAGGCCAGCUUGUCUGGGUAUUUUUAAUAAUUGAUCUCAAGAGCAGGGUUCCUGCACAUCUUUCAAAAGCCUUGAAAUGUAUAUGAAGUUUUCAGAUUCCAGGUCUUGAAAGAUUUCGUAAAGACUUCAUAAGUGCACAAAAAUUCUAAUUACAAGUUCAAAGAGUUUUUAUUUGCAAUGCAGACAUGGCCACAUAUCACAUGUAGCUGUCUCAUUUUAAUUUAACAUAAGUUAUGUGUUACUGUUGAAGAAAUACUUUCUGGGUCUUCAUGCUGUAAAAUUUGAUAUAAUUUAUUUUUUGGAAGCAACAUAUAAGGAUUAAUGAGUGUUGUACUAGCUAAGGCUGGUUUGGUUUUAUGUAUUUACAGUAUCUGUAGAUUGUUUCACUGAGCUUUCUGAUGAAGGUUUUAUCCAUUACAGAACACGGUAAACUUUGUCUUUUUAAAGACAAUAUCACCUUUUAAGAUGUUACAUAAUCCAUUGUUCUUCAAAUAAAUUAUUGCAGUGUUA